CCCGCACACCGCCUUCGGGGAGCGUCGGGGCUCCGGGCUUCCCGGGCUUCCCUUCCCGGGCGGCCGGCAUGACCCACUUCAACAAGGGCCCGUCCUACGGGCUGUCGGCCGAGGUGAAGAACAAGAUCGCCUCAAAGUAUGAUCACCAGGCAGAAGAAGACCUUCGCAACUGGAUAGAAGAGGUUACAGGCUUGAGCAUUGGGACAAACUUCCAGUUGGGAUUAAAAGAUGGCAUAAUCCUCUGCGAACUUAUAAACAAACUUCAGCCUGGUUCAGUGAAGAAAGUGAAUGAGUCAUCCUUAAAUUGGCCUCAGUUGGAGAACAUUGGAAAUUUUAUUAAGGCUAUUCAGGCCUAUGGCAUGAAGCCACAUGACAUUUUUGAAGCAAAUGAUCUCUUUGAAAAUGGAAACAUGACCCAAGUUCAGACUUCUCUGGUGGCUUUGGCAGGUUUGGCGAAAACAAAAGGGUUCCACACAACAAUUGACAUUGGUGUCAAAUAUGCAGAAAAACAAGCCAGGCGCUUUGAUGAAGGAAAACUAAAAGCUGGACAAAGUGUAAUUGGCCUGCAGAUGGGAACCAACAAGUGUGCAAGCCAGGCGGGAAUGACUGCCUAUGGAACUCGGAGGCAUCUUUAUGAUCCCAAAAUGCAAACCGACAAGCCUUUUGACCAGACAACAAUUAGCCUGCAGAUGGGUACCAAUAAAGGAGCCAGUCAGGCCGGGAUGUCAGCACCAGGUACCAGAAGAGACAUCUACGAUCAGAAGCUAACAUUACAGCCAGUGGAUAACUCAACGAUUUCACUACAGAUGGGCACCAACAAAGUGGCUUCCCAGAAAGGAAUGAGCGUGUACGGGCUCGGACGACAAGUGUAUGACCCCAAGUAUUGCGCUGCCCCGACAGAACCCGUAAUUCAUAACGGAAGCCAAGGUACGGGAACUAACGGAUCGGAAAUCAGCGACAGCGAUUACCAGGCGGAAUAUCCGGAUGAAUAUCACGGCGAGUACCAAGACGAUUAUCCAAGAGAUUACCAAUAUAGCGACCAAGGCAUCGAUUAUUAGAGUCACGCAGCAGUCUCAGUAUUAGGUCAUUGUGUUGUUCGAUGAAAAACCAAGCUAGCCUUGUGUAAUUUUUCUUGUCUUCCUAAAACACUAUUAUGCUGUAUCGUACCUAAAAAAAAUAUUGCCUUACAACAUUCCUUUCUCCUUUCUCUGCCUCUUCCCUAAAUAGUUGCCUUUUAGUGCUGUAACAUAUUCUACAGCAUAAACAAUAAUUUGCGUAUGAAGUAAAAAGGAAUACUGUGAAAGGGGAGUACUCUUGUACAAGAAGUUCUUUUUAUUAAAGACCUAUGCAUUUUUACAAUCUUCCUAAACUGGUAUUUACGGACCCAUAUUGAAGCUUUUUUUUUUUACAGUUUAGCAUCUGGGUUCUACAUGGAAGACGACGGACUUUCAUGCUUUUUGUUCAAUGUGGCCUUUGCCGACUAAAUCGAAAGUGCAGCAUUUUAGAGAUUUUUAAAUAUCAUUGUUUCUUCAGUAUUGUUUGCUAAUUUUAAAAUAAAGUCAUAUGAUCCAUGUGCUUAAACGUGUUUCAUUCCAUUACCUGAACUGAGUAGAAGUAGUCCUUCUAAAGGGAGCUUGUACGAAACAGAGCCUGCCGCAGUCUUAGGGAUGGACGGUGCAUUUUACUCUUCCUGUUUGUGCCAAUGUAUCGAUGUAGAGGUGCUUUGUUUUCUUCUUUCAACUGUAUUUAUUGCUGCAUUUCUCAGCAUAAACUGAUCCCAUUGUAUUUUUGAUAAUAAACUUUUUUGAACACUG